CUACAAAACGCUGCGUUAGCCCGGUCUGAGGUCCAGCGGCCAACCUGCACUUUGGGAUUAUCCAAACUCGCAGUCAGAACUGACUUCCACCCCCGGUGUUAAAAAAACAGAACAAAACAAAACAAAACAUCAGCGACCGUGUUACUUUGGUGGACUGUGACAGAGAAAUUUUAAGCACAGAGAGGAAACUAACCUGCGGCUUCAACAUUGAUUGAUCAGGCAGCGACGCGGCGCUUGUCUAGUAACUUAAAAGUCGCAUGUGGGUCUGCGCUGCCAACACUUUGCACCUGUUUUAAAGACAUUUUAAUCCUAAUGAUCUGUUUAAGGUACUAUCAAACGACGUGAAUAGUUGUGCGUGACCAAAUGAACUGGACUCUAAAAAUGAGCAAAAAAGGCGAAGGGGUGAGCGUCUCCGAGGUGGAGGAACACAUCUCUCUGAAAUAUGAAAUCAAGAAGAGGCUUGGAAAAGGGGCCUAUGGCAUCGUGUGGAAGGCAGUCGACAGACAGACAGGCGAGGUUGUGGCUGUGAAGAAGAUCUUUGAUGCCUUCAGAAACAGGACAGAUGCCCAGCGGACAUUCAGAGAAAUCAUGUUCCUUCAGGAGUUUGGGGAUCACACCAACAUCAUCAGGCUUCUCAAUGUCAUCAGAGCACAGAAUGAUAAAGACAUUUACCUCAUCUUUGAAUUUAUGGAUACUGACCUGCAUGCAGUUAUAAAGAAAGGCAGUUUAUUGAAGGACAUCCAUAAGCGUUUUGUCAUGUACCAGCUCCUCAAAGCCACCAAGUACCUGCACUCAGGAAACGUUAUCCACAGGGACCAAAAGCCGUCCAACGUCCUCCUGGACACCGACUGUCGUGUCAAACUGUGUGACUUUGGGUUGGCCAGAUCUCUCUGCCAGAUGCAAGAGGAUUCUGGGAACCCGGCGCUGACGGAAUACGUGGCCACGCGGUGGUACCGAGCUCCUGAGAUCCUGCUGGGAUCCACAAGGUACACCAAGGGUGUGGACAUGUGGAGCAUUGGUUGUAUCCUGGGAGAGAUGCUUUUGGGUAAAGCCCUGUUCCCCGGGACAUCCACCAUCAACCAAAUAGAGAAGAUAAUGAGUGCCAUACCACACCCCAGCCCAGAUGAUAUUCUCUCUAUCAAGUCUGAAUAUGGUGCCUCUGUUAUUCAGAGGAUGUUACUGAAACCCCAGGUGCCUCUGGAGGAUCUUCUCCAGCCAUCUGUGCCUGCUGAUGCUCUGGACCUGCUGAAACGCUUGCUUGUUUUCAACCCAGACAAGAGGCUCACUGCUGAGCAAGCCCUCCAACACCCAUAUGUAGCCAGGUUCCAUAACCCAGCCAAGGAGCCAGCCCUGAGUUAUGAUGUUGUGCUGCCGCUGGAUGAUGAUGUACAGUUGUCUGUGGUUCAAUACCGCAACAAACUUUAUGAGAUGAUGGUGGAGAAAAGAACUAAUCAGACCAUGCCAAGACCAAUCCAGCCGAAGCAGAGUGACAGAACUGGCUCUGGCUCAUCAGGAUCCGGGUCAGACUCGGCAUAUGACAGGGAGCAUGUCAACGGCAAGGACAAACCCACCGGGAACGACAAAGAAGAAAAGGUCCCCGAUGCAGAACAAGAUGGGACUGUUGACCAAGACAGGAAAACACAACAUGAAAAGACUGAUAGGUCAAAAAGCUUGCCUUUACAUGGAGGCAUCAUAAAACCUGGGCCAGAAAAUGAAUCCAUCCAGCCCCCUGUGGAGAAGUCUAGCCGGACAGCUAACCCUGUCAUAGGGAAGCUCACGUACAACCCCAUCACACACGCCCCGAAUGGUUUUGUCAGGAGUCCAGGCGGCCCUCCGCAUUAUUACCAGUGUAGUGCAGCGACCAGGAGACAGACAAGCAAUGAGCAUAUUACUACAUCACCAACAGAGGGCGCUAAUGCUAAUACAUCCAUAGAGCAGAUCCUACAGCGUGGGCGCUCAGCCCCUGUGGCCCGCACCCACUCCUUCUCCCUGACUCUAACUCAAGCCCACAACAACCCGCUUGUCCGCAGGGACGAGCCAUUGAUGUCCCCAGGGAUAUGUGUGACCUCUGCCCACCUGUACGAGCGCUCCCACUCUCAGGUCCGUGAAGCGCGCCCGCCACCACGUUUCAGCAAGAAAGUCUUUCAGAACAACUCUAAUGUGGCAGGCGCGGGUGACCCUCGGGCCAAACUGGGCAGCUAUUCCCAGGCUUAUGGCACUAUCAACAAGACCGGAUUGGACAAUCUACUGCGGAACUGCCCUUACAACCAAUAACACACUGGAGUUUACAUGGAUAGAUGGGACCUGCGUUUUGCUUGUAUUAGGAAAGGCCCCUUCCACUACAAACGUUACCUUCAACUAGGAUGUUGCCAGGUGAAAGAGACCUUGUAAAAAAAUAUAUAUAGAGAGAGAGAGAAAUAAAAAAAAGCUCUACAUUGUAUAGAUUGUGCCCAUGGAGACAUGGAAUUCCAUCCACUGUGACAGUGAAUGUGUAUUUGUAAAGUUCAGUGUGAUUUCAUAUCACUGUUAUCAAAUUUGAUCAGAAACACAUGUUGACAUGCCAAACUGGUAUACACAGUUUUUCCAUAUUUUACUUUCAGUUCUAUUUUAUAUAGUGGAGUAACUUAUGCAACAGAGAAAUAUGUUUAAUGUAAAUACAGUUACAAGAAACCUGUUUGUUCCUUUAACGUGUAUAGAAAGCAAAA